GGCGGCCAGGGCGCUGAGGCCGCAGAGCGCGGAGGUGGUAGCGGGCGGCCCGUCCCUUCCUGGCGGAGCUCUGGCCCUGGGCCCCCUCCCCUUCCGCGGCUUCCCCUCCCCGCCACACGGUGCUGCAGCGUGUGCGCUCCCUGCGCGCAGGCCACACCCGGGCGUCCUGCGGCCUCGGGCGCGAGUUGAUGAACUGCGCCCGGAACCUUCCGGGAAGCCCGACCCGGCGCGGACGGUCCCGAGUGCGAGUGCCUGGGCCCGGGUGCCCUGCGCACAGCGGCGGAGAGCAAGUCCGGGUGAGGAUUCGGACACAGACUGCGCGUCCCUGAGUGCCGGCGCCGGCUCCUCCAGCUCCGCAAAUGUUCACACUCCCUCAGAAGGACUCCGGGACACCUACCACUUCUCUGGGUUCAGUCUCCCAACAGGGCCUGCACGGUAACCAUGGGGAUGGUCUGGAAGGAGAAUGCUCCAGAAAACCAGACCAGAAGCCGCUGAAGCUCUAUGGAGUGGGUGAUCCCACCGCCAUGUUCUCCUCCGACAGCCCCUACCUGUCCUCUAGAGGAAGCGUCAUUAAAUGGUUCUGGGAUUCAGCAGAGGAGGGCUACAGGACCUACCACAUGGAUGAGUAUGAUGAGGAUAAGAACCCCAGUGGCAUCAUUAACUUGGGCACCAGUGAGAACAAACUCUGCUUUGACCUGCUGUCCAGGCGGCUGAGUCAGAGCGACAUGCUGCGGCUGGAGCCGUCCCUGCUGCAGUACCCUGACUGGAGGGGACAUCUGUUCCUCCGGGAGGAAGUGGCCAGGUUCCUGUCUUUCUACUGCAGGAGCCCCGCACCCCUUAAACCAGAGAAUGUGGUGGUUCUGAAUGGCUGUGCCUCUCUCUUCUCCGCCCUGGCCACGGUACUGUGUGAGGCGGGGGAGGCUUUCCUGAUCCCUGCCCCUUACUACGGAGCCAUCACGCAGCAUGUGUAUCUCUAUGGCAACGUCCGACUGGUCUGUGUCUAUCUGGACAGUGAGGUCACUGGGCUAGAGACACGCCCCUUCCAGCUCACAGUGGAGAAGCUCGAGAUGGCGCUGGAAGGAGCUAAUUCUGAGGGUGUGAAGGUCAAAGGCCUCAUCCUCAUCAACCCCCAGAACCCUCUGGGUGACGUCUAUUCCCCAGGAGAGCUGCAGGAGUACCUGGAGUUUGCCAAGAGGCACGAGCUGCACGUGAUGGUGGAUGAGGUCUACAUGCUGUCCGUGUUUGAGGAGUCGGUUGGGUACCACAGUGUCCUGAGCCUGGAAAGGCUGCCUGACCCCCAGAGGACCCACGUGAUGUGGGCGACCAGCAAGGACUUCGGGAUGUCUGGGCUCCGCUUUGGCACGCUGUACACAGAAAACCAGGACGUGGCCACUGCGGUAUCCUCCCUCUGCCGCUAUCACGGCCUCAGUGGCUUGGUCCAGUAUCAGAUGGCACAGCUGCUCCGGGACCGUGACUGGAUCAACCAAGUGUACCUGCCGGAAAACCAUGCCCGGCUCAAGGCUGCUCACAUCUAUGUCUCGGAAGAGCUCCGGGCCCUGGGGAUCCCCUUCUUGAGCCGUGGGGCCGGCUUCUUCAUCUGGGUCGACUUGAGGAAGUACCUGCCCGCGGCCACCUUUGAGGAGGAGAUGCUGCUCUGGCGCCGCUUUUUGGAUAACAAGGUGCUGCUGUCCUUUGGCCAAGCCUUCGAGUGCAAAGAGCCUGGCUGGUUCCGCUUGGUUUUCUCUGACAAGACCCACCGGCUUCACCUGGGGAUGCAGAGGGUCCGGCGGGUGCUUGAGGGCAAAUCCCAGGUGGCAGAAGACGCACCUUCCUGCUAGACCUAGGAGCCGAGGGGUCCGCACAGGUGAGCCGGUCAUUGCCUUGUGGCCACGGGGCCUGGCAGCCACUGUGAAGACUGAUGGUGGAUGAGCCGUUUGCCAGGCAGAUACCCUUCUUGGCCUUGACCUUGAAGAAGAACUGCUCCUUGCUCUCCUGGUGGCAGCGAGACACGCCUUAAGUCAUGGUCCAUUCCCCUCCCCGGCUAUUAAACAAAACUGGGAAAAACUAGAAGCCUCAGCUGUGAGUCAUUUACGGAACAGAGGAGGAGUCCUGACUGCUUCUCACCACAGCCCUCAGCCCCCCAGGACAGGAAAACAAACAACCUGUGCCUGCUUUUGUUGGUGCCUUCAUUCUUCUGUCUUUGUUGCUAGGGAAACAAGUCAAAGGAGCAACACACGGAAGAGAGAGUUUGCCCCCAAAAGAAAAAAGAGUGAUAAUUUCUACAAGGAGAAAGGAAUUAAUUCUGUAUGUUCAGAUUACUGUCCCUGCACAUAGGAUGUGUGGGCCUACAGCACACCUGGGACCUGAGACCUGGGACAUGGGAACAGCCCCCGCGUGGGAUGAGGUGAACGGGUCCCUGGCGGGAGUCAGGAGGGGUGACUCUAUGUCCGGGAUGCUCUUCUUCCUGGGAAAGAGCUGCCUUUACUGCUGAUUCCGAACCAGAGUGACCUAGCCGUGACUGUGCUGGGAGAUGAUGGGGCCCUGAACGGAGGCUGCAAUGGGGACAAGCUCUAACCCAGGCUGGCCUUUCCACCUUAAGCAUGAAAGGGCCGCUCACCCCGUCCCCAGGGGUGCUUUAGUUCAGAGCCCAAAGGAGCUUUCUGAACCAGCCUUAAAGCUGUGGGCUGAGGACCCUUCUCAGGCCCCGACACUCCUGUUUGGAAAAGCUAUCUCAUUCCUCGUUCUUCUCUUUAGAGCAUGUUGGUGAAACCAGCGUUUGCUUUCUAUAAACCAUGCUCGAUGGGUUAGGAUUUGUCUUCCUCUUUCCGCCUUUCAUUCAUUCCUCCUUCCUCCCUGUCUUUUCUUGAAUACCUUGUAUGUGCCGGACACUGUGCUGGGUAAUUUACAUGCAUCAUUUCUAACUCUAACCACCGUGGGAAGCUGGCAUUGUUAGCCCUCAUUUUAGAGAUGAGGAAACUGAGUCUCAAACAGAUGAAAUGAUGUUUCUGAAGUAACAUAGCUAAAAAGUAUCAGAGCCAGGAUUCAAGUUCAGGUUGGUUUGGUUCACAAUCUUUCCACUCCGCCAGAGUCCCAGAGGAGUCUUUGACUUUUCCAGUCCUGAGAACCAGGCUUCAUGCUGUCAUCGUUUCACCUUUCAUUACUUUUCAAUAUCAUUGGCUAAGUAGCACUCGUUUCUACUCCCACUUCCAGGAUACGUUGAUGCCAGGAUUUGCUUUACUGGAAUGCCUGCUGCUUUUCCGGAGGUCAGAACAGAAUGGCCACGUUGAGGGCCCUACACGUCCUCUCCAGAGACCUCUGUUGUGACGCUGCCACUGUUGUUGAGGGUCCCCUGUGAAGGACCCAUGUGAUGAAUUCCAUUUAGAAUUUUCAGAAGGAUGACUCCUAGCUCUCCCUUAGAGGGAAUCCAAGCAGGUUUCCUAGCAGAGGCUGACUAAACUAGGAAUCUGGAUCUGAACUGAGCUCAUUGGUUUGAGUAGAGCUGGCUUUUGCUUUGCUGAAUGGCCAUGUUCCAUAUGUCUCCCUUUCUGGAGCAUGGACUGGACAUACCCUACACCCACCUCACAUCUUCUCUGCUCACCUUUCUGCUCUGCCAGUUACUACAGCCAUCAGAUUUUGUGUUCCCUCCUUCUCUUUUCCUCUGUGUGGCUUCAUUUUCAGACAUGCUCCAUUCAGAUGGUGGCAAGAUGGCUUCCAGGCAGCUCCAGGUUACAUGGUCCUUGUAGCAGACACCUACAGGGUAUUAGCAGGAUAGACACCCUUUCUUCCUCAGCAUUCAUUUCUCUCCUGCCAUAGGAGGCCAGCAGGCCUUACCUCAAUCAUCUGCCCAUCCAGGGGAACCCAGGUUCUAUUCAUCUGUCCACUCUGCCAUCCUUAGUGGGUUGGCUUUUCCCCUUCAAGCUUAUUUCCUCAUUGUCUCAAUAUGGCUAAAGAAGCUCCAAACAUCAUCUCCUCACCAACCACUUCCAGACACAGAAAAGAGAGUAUGUUUUUCUGUUGCCUCCUUUUCAUUUUAUUUCAUUCAUUUAAAAAAUAUUUGUUUAAGCCUCAGAUUUGUAGGAGUUCUUUAUAUAUCUGGAAAUGAGUAUUUAUUUUGCCAGAUACUCUUCAUUUAUUAACAUUCACUUUAUCAUUUUCUUUAUUCUCCUCCUGAACAUGGAAAUGACCUUAGAAUAUUUAACUCUCACUCCUUUAUUUUCAUCUCCUGCCAUAUUGUUGGCUAGUAUUUUAGUUAAUGCCUCUUUGUUGUUGUAGUUGUUUUUUUCUUCCUCUGGAAAUUGUGCUUUGAAAAGUCAUGACAACCCCAGUUUGGUCGAAGACCUGGUCAAAUAGAAACUCAAGUUCUGAUGUGAACAUUUCUAACAACAGUUCUAAGGCUUCAAGACUCUCAACAGGAUAUUUAAUGUUUGACACCAUGUUUUCUCAGACUCCAUCACCCUAAGUCAAAAUUUAGGGCAUUUGUUUUCCCAUAAAGAGUCUGAAAAAGAGUUCAAAAGAAACUGAGAAUAGUAGUUGCCUA